UAAAAGUAUAAAAGCAGGGCUCUUUCUGGAACUUCACAAAAUCAUCUUCUGAGAUUCUGAAGGCAACGAUCUGAAAACCACGGUUCAUCAUGGCAAUGCUGAGAAAUCUUCUGGUUCUUUUUUUCGUGUUCUCCAUGGGGAAUGCAGAAGUUGAUAUAGUUGAAAAAUGCCCCUUUGGAUGGACCAAUUUUGGAGUCCAAUGCUACAAGUUCUUCUCUCAGUCGGUUAACUGGGUCACAGCAGAGAGAAACUGUCAAAGUCUGGAUGCCAAUCUCGCAUCUGUCCACAGUAAAGCGGAAAACGAUUUUCUGCUGAGUCUGUUGCCUUCUGCUAACACACGUUGUUGGGUUGGUGGUCAAGAUGGAGUACAAGAAGGACAGUGGUUGUGGAGUGAUGGAACUCCAUUUGACUUUACCAACUGGGGCUCUGGAGAACCUAACAAUCUGGGUACUGAGAAUUGCGGGGAGCUCAACUGGAGCUCUAACCGUUGGAAUGAUGCAUCCUGUUCAACUUCAAUGGGCUAUGUUUGUGCUCAAGACCUGUGAGAUCUACAGUCAUCCUGCUCCACAGUUACUUGAUUGUACUACAUUGUUCUAAUCUUAUCUUUGCAAAAAUGGUUAUUCUCUGCAAAUUGGUCUUCAAAUAAAUAAAAAAGCAUUGAAAAAU